AUGUACUAUCUGAUAGCUCAACAGCGCUUACAACUUCCCUUGAAUCGGCUUGGGUACAAUGGUAAUUGUAGUGGCACUACGGAGGUCUACAAAGCUAUCAAAUUUGUUUUGGCAGAAGGCUACCGACAUAUUGACACUGCUUAUAUCUAUAAUACUGAAGAAGCGAUUGAAACUGCCAUCAAGGAAAUCAACGUCAAGAGAGAGGAUCUUUUUGUCACUACCGAGCUCUAG